AUGGAAAUGUUUAGUGCCAAUGUUGAUUUGGAUACAAUUGAUCUUUCAAGUAACAAAUUGCGCCAGGUGACGUUUUUAUUGAAACAUCUAGGAAAACUUCAAGUUCUCAAUUUACGAAAUAACUUGAUACACAUUCUUGACGAAAUAUCGAUGAGUCAUUUGGACUCCAUAUAUGAUAUACCGAGACACAAUGACAGCUAUCCUUCAUUAAUUCUAAUGGGUAAUAACCUGUCCUGUUCAACAUGUGAUGCUAACACAUUCAUUAAAUGGCUGCUAGGAACAAAGAUACUAAAUAUAACUUCGCAAAAUCUCACUUGCACCAACGAAAAUGGCAAGCAAACAACUAUUGAACAAAGCACAUUAGGCCUACUGAAAAAGGUGUGUUACUUUACAUUUCACAAUGCUAUCAUAUGCGUCUCAGUUGCAUUUAUUUCUGUUAUUAUGGCUAUUGCAUCUGUUAAAGCAUGCAAAAUAUGGCACCGUUAUGAGGUAAUUCAACGACUUCGAGUAGGCAAUAACCAAUAUAGGCAUGCCGCACUUCUUGUUUACCACGAAGAUGACACCUCAUUUGUUAAAGGAAGUUUAGUUAAAGGUCUGAAAGAUAAAUUAAGAAGUGUUACCAAUAUCGAAAAUGAAAAUCUUAUAAAGGAAAGCGAAGACGUGGAACCAGGGCAUUCUUUCGGAACAGAACUAGGAGAUGUUGUAAAUAGAUCGUCAGUUGUUAUUGCUGUUGCAUCAUCACUUUUCUGUGAGGAUCAUAGGUACAGCCGAAUCAUUGAAGAAGCACUAGAGAUUGGAAAACCGAUCAUACUUUUUCUGAUUGACGGGUCUGGUAUUGAUAGGAAGAACAUGACAUCUGUAAUGAAACAACUGCUUAGGGUAAAGCCAAGAUUUGUAUGGAAGAUAGAAACAGAUGGUCAAAGGAAAAUGAAAACAACCUGGAGAAAUGUUUGCAACACUAUUUUAGACUAUAUAAAAUAA